AUGAAAGGGUAAUUAGAUGAUGAAGAAGAAAAUGAGAAUCUUAUUGAGACUGAAUAGAAAGGGUUGGAUUAUUUUUUAACAAAGGUUAAGGUAGUAAUUUUCAAAGUUUUAUUUGUAUUGGCAAAAGAAGAAAAGGCUGAUGAUUAAAUGAUUUACUUUUACAUUCUGACUUCAUUGGAUUAUGUUUAGAUGCAUUCAUUUCCAUUCAAUAAUAAAAUACUAUAUAUUUGGAAAGCUGAUUCAUUUUUAACCAAUAUUUUAAAUUUUGUAAAUGUGUUUUCAAUAUCAACAUAUGUACCAAAUUUAUCAUAUUUUGCAUUGUUAGUCUCAGUUUAUAUUUGUUUAAGUGCAAUUUUAUUGAUAAUUUUGAAUAUCAUAUACGUUUCAUACUCAUUUUCAUAGAAUAAAUUUAAAUUUAUGUGGCCUGUCUAUGUAUUAAGAUAAGUAGCAUUUUAUUUUGUAACAGUGUUUUUUUUACCUAUUACAGAAACCUUAACUUCAAUACUUUAAUGUUAUAAUGAUCCAAUAACUAAUGAAUAUGUAAUAUAUGGAUAUGAUGAAAUUAAUGUAUAAUGUUGGUAAGGAUGGCAUAUAUUUCAUGCUCUAAUAACAUUAUUAUUUAUGUUAAUAUUUGUAUUAAUAUGUGCAAUUGUGGCUUAUGCAUUUUUUGAACCUGGAAUGACUAGUGGUAAUAGAACAGCAAGAUAAGAUAGUAAUGGAGAAGUAGCAUUUAUAAUAAAUAAAGUUACAUGUUAAGUUUUGUAUUGUUUUUUAGGUAAAAAUGAAUCAUGGAUUUUGGUUUUAACAACAUUCACUUUAUCUGCUUGGUUAUUUAAAGAAUAUAAUUUUGCUGAUCCAAUUUAUGAUUUUGAAGUUGGAAGAUUUUACUCUAUUAUCAGUUCAUACUAUUUUUGGGCUAAUGUUAUGUUGGUUAUAUGUAAAGUUUAGGAGAGUGCUGAAUUUUCAGGAGGAUUAAUUGCUUGGGUUAUUGGUCUUCCAUUUAUUGUAUCUAUAAUGUUGACAACUAAGAAAUCUAAAGUAGACACAUUGGUUAGAGCUUAGAAUAAGUUUUCAAGUGGAGAGGAUGUAUGGAUUCAUAUACGAUAUGUUCUUUAAUUGAUAUCUUAGGCUGAUAGUGAUAGGAAUUCUUAUAUGCUCUUAAUUGGAUAUAUAGAAAAACAUAAAGAAACAUGUAAAUAAAAUGAUUGUUAUUUUAAACAAAGAAGAAAAACUUAAAAUUCAGAAUAAUUAGAUGAUUUAAAAAGAGGAUUGAUUAUUGAAUUAGAUAAAAUGUUUAGAUUGGGAUUAAGGAAAUUUUGGUCAUCAGCAUCUUUAAGAAUAUUUUAUGCUUUAUUUUUGAUGGAAAGAAGAAAUAAUAAGAAUGAUGCUUAUCUUCAAUUUAAUUUAGUAUCUCUAAAAAGCAAACCUAAAUUUUUCUAGUAAUUCAUUACUUAUAGAUAUAUGUAACUGAAUUAUUAUAAUAUAGGAAGAUUAUUAAAGAUAAAAGUGAUGAUGUUGUGGAUGCAAUUGCAAAUCAAAAUAAUAAAAGUGAAUUGUAUUCUAAAAUGAAAAUGGCAGCAUUAUAUUACAAAACUUUUUGGAAUGAACUUAAAGAAGAUUAACCAAAUCUAGUUAGACUCAUGCAUAUAGGUGCGAUGAUUACAAAAGUAAGUAAUUAAGUAAUGGAAAAACAUUAAGAAAUGAGCAAAAAAAAUUCAUUAGGAUUUGCUGAUCUAAAAACAUUAGCAAACUUUUAUUAUCAAGUAUUUAAUGAUUCAUUUAUGGGUCAAAUACUUAAGAAUCAACAUAAGUUAGCUAAGUAAUAAUUAUAAGUGAAAGUUGAAGAUGAAGAUUUAAUUGAAAAUAAUAUAGAGAAACAUCCAAUACCAUUUCUUUAAGUAUGUGCUAGAAAAUCAGAAAUAGGUAAAAUAAUUAAUCUAAAUUCUUUAUUUACAACAUUUUUUGGAUAUCAAAAAGAGGAAUUGAGAGGUAAAUCAAUUAAUAUUUUAAUGCCUAAAGUAUAUGCUGAAUAGCAUGAUAAUUAUUUAAUAGAAUUCUUUGAUAAUAUGUUAAUUAAUAUGUAAAAUGAUGGAGAUUAUCCAAGAACUUAUAUUGAUUAAGAACAAUUAUAAUUUAUUAAACAUAGAAAUGGUUAUAUAAUACCAUUUAUUUAUAGAGUAAGUUUCAAUAUAGAUUCAUUAUAAUAUUUAGUAUGUUUCAAGAGUGAUCCUACUUUUAAGGGAUAAGCUGUAUUCAUUAUAGAUUAAGAAACAACAAUUAUAGAGAUGUCUUCUGGAUCAAUUCAAUAUUUCGAUAUAGAACUUAGACAUAUAAAAUAGAUUGUAAAUUUGAAUACUAUUUUGCCAGAUAUUUUAACUUAAAAUGGGAAAUAAGUAUAAUAUCAUAAGUCUGGUCAGAAUAAUAUUGAUUCUGUUUAUUAUUUCUAAUGUUCAGUUAAGGAAAUAGAGAUCACUUAAAUAAUUAAUGAGAAUCUACUGUUAGAAUUAUAAGCAUCAAAGAAGUUAGUAAAAUCAGGAUAUUGGUUAGUUAAAUUGGAGAAAAUAGAUUUUCCUGAUGUCUAAGGUGGAAGAAAGGCAUCUACAUUUAUUAGUAAUGCUAGAAACUUAUUACCUAAUUAAAGUAGAUAAUCCAUACAGAUUACAUAAAGAUAGUCUAUUUCUAUUACUCAAAAAUUAAUACCUAAUAGAGCCAAUCAAACAGUAUAAUCAUUGGAUACAUUAGCAAUGAGAAUUGAUACUAAUUUUGAAUAUGAUUAGAAUUUAGUAUAGUUUUUAUAAGAUUUAUAUACAGAAUAACGUUAUGAAGAUUAUAAAGAUAUGAUAAAUUAAUAAGAAGAUUAAUAAACAUAAAUCAAAUUAGAUUAUGGUUUGGAAAUUAGAGUAAGAAGAUUAAUUAAUAAUUAAAUUCUUAAUAUAGAUGAAGAAAAAGAAUAAGGAUUUUUGAAAUAAUUGGAAGAAGAAGAAGAGGAGAAUUCUAUAUUCAGAAAUAAUAAUAAUUAGGAUGAAUAUGAUAAUGAUUAGAAAUUAUUAAGUAAUAUGUAAUCAUAAAUAAAAAUAAGAAAUGCAUUAUCUUAAAAUCAUAGACAUAGUAAAAUUACUAAGUUUUGUAUUUAUGCUAAUAUUUGGAUAGAUUUUAUAGUAUUGAUAACUGCAAUGUAAUAUUAUUUUUGUUAAUUAAAUUUUGAAGGUUUUACUUCUGAAAUAAAAGCUAUUUAUUAAAUUAAUAAUGAAAUUAUCAAUUUAAAUCUCUUAAUUUCAAGAACAUUAGAUUUAUGUAUGGAUUAGUAAUUUAAUUUUACUUAAUUGUAAAUUGAAAUAUAAGAAUCAGCAUAAUUAAUUAUUAAUUUUGAUAAUGAUCUUAAUUAGGAAUUUUAUAGAAUUUACUUUGAUUCAGAAACCAUAAAUUUGAGAAUGUAUGAAAAAUCCAAUUAAUAUGAAGAUAUAUAAUUAUCUUUAGAAAGUUCUAUUCUCUUAAUUACAUCAGUAUGUUUAAAUUUAUCUUUAAGUCAAUCUAAUAAUGUAUUUUAAAGUAAUUCAAUUUAAAUUAUCCUUUUUAAUUAUUUCAAUUAGAUACAUGAUCCAUUAAUAAAGAUAUCUUAAAUUUUAUAUUAGGAUGUUAUCUCUUAAGUAUAAUAUCCUGAUUUAAAUUUAUUAAUAUCUUUAUUAGUUUUAUUUAUUGGAACUACAAUUGGUAUGAUUAAAUUUAUAACUUUAAUGUUGGAAAUCAAAAUAGAUAGAGAAAAUGUAAUAUUUUUAUUUCUUGAGAUUCCUUAAAAUGAUGUUUAAAAUUUAUCAAGAAAAGUUGAUAAAUUUUUGAAGUUUUAUAAUGAAGAUUUAAAGAAAUUAAAUAAUUUUGAUUAUGAUGAAUCAAGUGAUGAAGAUGAAGAAUAAUAAUUAAUAGAUUUAUAAUAACAUGUAGAUGGUUAAGAUAAGAUGAACUCUAAAGCUAUUGAGGAAGAUAAUUAAUAUUAAUUGUAAUUGAAAAGAAGAAAGAUUAUACAAAAAUAUAGAAAAAGCAAAUUAAAAGGCAAUUAAGGAAUAAUUGUAUAGUAUGAUAAUAAUAUAUUAGAUUUCUAUUAAUUGCUUUGUUAACCUUAGUUUUUGCAGUAUACAAUAUAAUCAGUAGUGCAAAUGAGAAAUCUUAAAUAUAAUUCUUAUUACCUUAAUUUUAUUAAAGUUCAAUUUAGAUUGAAAAUUAUGGUUAUUACAUAAAUCUAUACAAAUUGUCAAGUUUGAAUUCAGAUUUUUAAAUAAAUAAUAUAUCAAUUUUGACUAAGAUUGUUUAAGAUCAAACAAUAUUUACAGGAAAUUAAUUAAGUUUCUAAAAUGUAAAUAUUAAAUUUAUUUUAGUUUGCAAAAGAUUUAUUAAAUCGAUUACCAGAUCUUAGAAACCUAUUUUUCUAAACCUAUUAUGGAGAUAUUUGUUCAAUAAUUAAUAAAAAUAAUGAUACAAAAUGUUAUAAGAUAAUUGAAGGUAAUCUUCAAUUAGGUAUAUAUAAUGUUGAACAAUAUUAUUUACAAUAUUUCAGAAAUCAAAAUCUAGAUGAGAUUGUUUAUAAUGAAGAAAUCUAUGAAAUUGAUUAAUCAUUAUUUUAUUACAUAAAAUAAGCAGUAUCUCAAAUAACAGAUUUUGAAUUAGAUUUUAUGACUAAUUAAAUGUCAACAACUCUAACUAUUUAAUUAAUAUUAGUCAUAAUCUAUAUAUUGAUAUUAGAAUUAAUUGUAUCAGUGAUAUGGUUAUUGUUUUUACAGAAAUUAAAUAUUUAAGUAUAAUGAAUAAUAAUUUAUAAUAGAUUAACUUAAAUAUGUAAAUGUUAAACAUGAUUCCAAUGAAAGUAGUAGAAAAUAAUCGUAAAAUUAGAAUGUUUAUUAGAUAAUGUAUCAAAAAGAUGGAAUUGGAAAACACUUGAAUUGUUUAAUUAAAUAUAAUCAAUUAAUUUUAUUAAUAAUUAUCUAUGUCUUAUUAUAUUAGAUCAAAGUUGAAUCGCCCCUAAACAACUUCUAAUCACAAUAAACCAUUAGAUAAUAGUUCAAUCAGAGAGAGUAGAUUAGUGUAUUUUCAAUAUUGAUCUUUAGAAAAUAACAUACAACUCCUAAAAUGGGCAGAGAGAAAGAAAAUUUAUAUGAUGAAAAUAUAAAAUUGAAAUCUCAAUUGAAUGAAUAAACUUAAUAAUUACUUUAAGCAAAAUCUAAAAUAUAACAAUUAGAAGUAAGGAUGUCAUUUUUUAAAUUAGAGGGAGUUACAAAGAUUUGAAAACUUAAUUGAAGGUUCUAUUAAACCUGAAACAUCAUCAUAGAAAGUAUAAAUUGAAAAAUAUGGUUUAAUUAUGAAAAUGAAAACUAAAUAGAAAUAAUUGAUUAUAGAGUUAUAGAGUAAAAAUAAAGAAUUAAUUGAAUUGAAAAGAACUAUGAGAUUUACAAAUUAUUAAGAAUUAGAAGUAAAUAUCUCUAUUAUAAAUUAGAUAGAAUUAAAAAAUUAUAUAGAUGAAACUAUUAGAUUAAGAUAAAAAUUAGAAUAUAAUGAAUAAAUGAUAGCUAUUUAAUCAUCAGCAGAGCCUUUAGAAAAGUAAAUUCUACAUCUAGAAAAGAUAGUCAAAAUAUUAUAAAGGGACAAUCAAGAAUUAAAUUAAAAGUAGUUAAAUAAUGAUAUUAUAACUUCUAAAUUACAAGUAUUUAAUUAGAAUAAUUAAAGAUUUAAUUGGAAGAAAGUUUAAAAUAGAAUGAGAAAUAAUUGAAUGAAAUCAUAAGUUAUGAAAAAAUGAUUAAAGAUUUGAAUGAAUAUAAUAAAUAAUGCAAUGAUCUCAUAUCCUAAUUAUAAGUCUAAAAUAAGGUUUAGAUAUAAAGUCAAUAAAAUACAACAUCUGAUGAAUUAUUUAAGAUUCAAUCUUAAUUAGAAUAAUUGUAGAAUAAAUAUUCAUUAGAGAUGGAGUAUCUAUAUUAAAAUAAUUAAAUAGAACUAAAAUUUAAGAAAUUAGAUCGUUAAAAACUGAAAUUCAAAGACUGAAUUUACAUAUUUAAGAAAUGGAAAAGCUUAUAGAAAAUUAAGAAGAUAAGAUUCGAGAAUUUGAAUUUUCAGUUUACUCUCCUGUCUCUCGAGUAGGUUAAAUCGAACCUCCUAUAUAGAAUGGAUUUUAAAUUAUGAAGAUAGAAAUGAAAUCUUAGAUUAUGAAAAAAAAGUUGCCUAAAGUUCAAUUCUCAGAUAUUAGAGAAAUUUGUAUGAAAGUUAGAUUGAAUCUUUUCAAAAAUAGAGUACAAUAUUAAGAUAUUGACAAAUAUUUUAAUGAAUCAGAAGAAUUAAGUAUUCAUUAAGUGAAAAAUAUUUUACAUAAGUAGAUAUUUUAAUCAAAUAAGACCUCCCUUUGAG